AUGGCUCCUCCUCUCCCCUCAGCUAAACCCGUCAAGCUCACGGCAAGCUUGACGACCACUGCGCCACUGUCCCGCCGCGGCGAUGGACCAGGCCUGUUGCUCGUAGGGUCAGCGUUCGAGUUCAGCCCCCCUCACAAUAAUACCACCAGCACUUUGGAUCCAUCUCCGCUUCAGAAAUGGGCUGAGGAGGGUUAUACCGUUGCGCAAUUGCAGGUGUCGAACAGUCGGGCGACGAUCAAGGACCAAUUGCGAGAAGCUGUUGAGGCAUUGAGUAGUCAUGAGAAGUGUACCGAAAAAUCUAAGUACGGUAUUAUUGUUUAUUCGUAUUCGCCGUUCACAGUGGAAGAGGUGUCCAAAGCCAUCGAUGACACUGACGAGGUCAAGGCUAUCGUCUCGUACGGCUCUCUGCUAUGCAGAAAGCCGCAUCUCUACCACCUUUCAGAGAAGGGCACAAAGUCCACGGCUGAAAAGGAAGUCGUAUACCGGUAUCCCGAGGUACCAUCUACAUCAUUCAUUCUUCCCUCACACAGAGACUUCCUAUCGGCGUCUGCGGCUGUGGCCCACACUAGAUGUCUGGAAUUUUUGAAGAAACAGCUCGACGGACCUUGGUUUGACCUAGAAGCUAUAUGGGAGGAGCACACAUAUUUCGAAUUCGAGGCCCGUGACGUCGCAGAGACCAUGGCCACCAUGGUUCAGGAGCCGUAUGUCAACCACGUCCCUACCAUCACGGGAGGUAUCGGCCGCAAGAAUCUCAGCAACUUCUACGCAAAUCACUUUAUUUUCAACAACCCCGACGACACCGAGUUGAUUCUUAUCAGCCGAACGACGGGUAUCGACCGCGUGGUUGAUGAAUUCAUCAUGAAGUUCACCCAUGACAAGAUGGUAGAUUGGCUCGCCCCCGGUGUCCCGCCAACGGGCAAAAAGCUACGGAUCCCGAUGUAUUCGGUCGUGAACAUCCGAGGCGAUAGGCUUUACCAUGAGCAUAUCAGUUGGGACCAAUUGACAGUCCUUUUUCAGAUGGGCUUGAUGCCUGAAUACCUUCCAUUCCCUUCCGCUCUGCCGAACGGUCCGAAACGAGAGUACCGCGUCCCAGGAGCCGGAGACGAGACGGCCGCGAAGCUGCUCGAUGAAGACUCCGUCACUUCUAAUGAGAUGUUCAAGUUUGCCAUGCGGGAAGUUUGUUUGAUUGAUUGA